UUCUUGUUACUGAUAAACAAUAAACGUUUCGUUAAGUAACUUUCAGUGACUUGUUCAUUUGUUUGGAUUAUUAAUCGUUGUUAAAUAGGAUUAGCCGCCACGAGGACCAUCCGUCGACCGAUCGAAAACAACCAUGGAGAACUCCAAUGCACCCAACGUCAACGACAACGCCUCCAGCCAAGCGGAACUGCCAGUCUUACGUCUCGAGUCCACACUGGAGCAAUUACUGACAGAUUUGUCAGACCCGGCCUUCGGAGAGGAGUCACCUGGCCUUGUUGUGCUAAAAAAGGAGGACUUUCAAACCAUUCUUCUCGCGCGCCGUUUGCUCGCAAUAAAUUUGAACGAGGCAAACACUCACAACCUUAAACUCGAAGAGGAACUCUCGGAAGCGAGAAAAUUUCCCCCACCACCAAUGGGCAAUUUCUACGAGGAGCAAUUCAAGGCUGUAUACGCUAUGGCUAACGAGAAGCAACGACUAACCGAAGACCUGUUCACUGCGCAAAACAACACGCGCAAACACGAGGAAGAAGUAGCCAAGCUGCGCCAAGAACUCGAAGCAUUCGAGUAUGACUGGGACGAUCUUCUCAAGAGUCAUAAAAACUUCAAACGCCAAGCUGCUCUCGCCAAGAAUUACAAGGACCUCUUUAGACAAACAAUCACAGAAGUCUACACCGCGCAAGCCAAUAUGCGCGAACCUUGCCUCCGAAAGAAACUACCACCUGGCUGUAUCAACUGCAAACAAGAAGGUCACAGCCAUAAUUCUUGUCCUGAAUCUUACUCCGGAAAAUUCUGUCAAGAAUGCGACUGCCCGGACUUCAACACACAAGAUUGUCCAUGGCCUCAUUACGAAAAUAAGAAAAUUCCCUCUUUGCCGCCGCAUCUUCGUUGCAAGCGCUGCACUAUGGGGAAUUUUUGGAAAAAGUGUGUCAAAAUCAAAGAACCUUUGAAUGAAAUCAUUUAA